UCUCAUUCGCGCGAGGAAGACUCGGACUCGGACUGUUAUAGGUAUCGGAUCGGAUCGAAUAUGAAGCGAUCCCGUCGUCGGCAGAUCGUAUCGUAUUACUCUUGACUACGAAGCGCGGACGCAACUAGACGCAAUUGAACCCGACAACAAGUGCGGAAAGAGACAAGAGAGAAAGAAUAAGAGUGCCUCAUCAAGAUAUCAUGUCUUCGAUAUCGGCGCAGGGCGUCGUCGAGCGUGCCAGCGCCGAACUAACCAAACGAAUCAAUGGCCUGGGAUUACGGACGUCAAAGCAUCAUGGGAGCGGCAAGACCAGCGUGAUGGAACGCGUGACAAACGUCUUCUGCGGCGGCAGUGGUAGCGUCGCUUACAUGAAUUUGCAAAGCGCGAAUAAUGCGAAUGCGAUGCCCGAAAAGCCCAGUCGAAGUGCCGCACAGACCAUUAACAACGUACCAGCAGGCAACAAUAAGGAACGCUUGAAUAACGUCACCCCGAGCAGAAGUAGAAUACCCAGAAAUAGGAUGAAGAUAGCCGUUCCCCUGGCCAGUGGAGGAACCGGCGGUUACAUGCCACCGAUUACGUGGGAACAGCUGAUGCAAGACGAUAACUUCCUUGGAAAAUUUUUUCUCUUCUUUAACGCUACGGAAAGAAGAAUCUUGGCUCAGGUUUGCACGAGAUGGAGAGACGUUUUGUAUGCGAGACCGCGUCUUUGGACGGGACUGGUGCCGGUGGUGCGAUGUCGCGAAGCUCGCGCUAUGCAAUCAAACGCACGUACCCGACUUUACGCUUCUUUAGUAAGAAGAGGCUUCGAUUCGUUAGUUCUGUUAGGUGCGACCGACGAAGAUAUUCCGGAAUUAACACGCGGUUUUCCGUUGGCUCAACGUUACGUGCAUUCUCUGUCAUUGCGGUGCUGCGCGGUGACGGACCGAGGUCUCGAAACUCUCUUGGAUCAUUUGCAGGCUUUGUAUGAGCUUGAAUUGGCCGGCUGCAAUGAGAUAACAGAGGCUGGCCUGUGGGCAUGCCUUACUCCCAGAAUAGUGUCGUUGUCUUUGUCGGAUUGCAUCAAUGUCGCCGACGAGGCUGUCGGCGCCGUGGCUCAGCUGUUGCCGAGCCUAUAUGAGUUUUCUCUGCAAGCUUAUCAUGUUACUGACGCUGCGCUCGGUUACUUCAGUGCAAAGCAAAGCAGCGCACUUAGCAUCUUGAAGCUGCAAUCCUGCUGGGAGCUCACAAAUCACGGCGUAGUAAAUAUUGUACAUUCCUUACCUAAUCUGACUGUACUGUCACUUUCUGGAUGCAGUAAAGUAACAGAUGACGGCGUUGAAUUAAUUGCGGAAAACUUGCCAAGACUUCGUUCCUUAGAUCUCAGCUGGUGCUCAAGGAUUACAGAUGCAGCCUUAGAAUAUAUCGCCUGUGAUUUGAAUAACUUAGAAGAACUCACAUUAGAUAGGUGUGUACACAUUACUGAUAUCGGCGUCGGUUACAUCUCCACGAUGGUUUCAUUGAGUGCUUUGUUUCUAAGAUGGUGUUCACAACUUAGAGAUUUCGGACUUCAACAUUUGUGCGUCAUGAGAUCUCUACAAGUGUUAUCUGUGGCAGGUUGUCCAUUGCUCACAAGUAGUGGUUUAUCUAGUCUGAUACAGCUUCGACACUUACACGAGUUAGAACUAACUAAUUGUCCAGGAACGUCCCGAGAACUGUUUGACUAUUUACGUGAACAUUUACCACGUUGCCUAAUCAUCGAAUAAAUAUUUAAUAAAAAUAUCUGCGAAUAAAAUUCUUUAUGAUAUACAAACGUAUGUGUCAAACAGAAAGAAUUAAACUGCGAGAAACAGAUCUUAAUAGAAAAAAUUCGCAGAAAGCAAUAUUUUGAAUGAAAUAUGGAAGCAGUGUAACUGAUAGCAGCAUAAGAAGUAACUGACGUCCAGAUAAUGAAAGAAUUACGUUUUCCUCGUAAUGGUCUAAGAGAAUACUAGCCCUCAAUAUAUAAUGCGUAGGCAUUUUUAAUACAUUAACGUCCCAUGCACUUCCGUUCGUUUCGUAUUUUUUCAUUCUACCAUGUAAUCAUGUUCUACGGGCAUGUAAGAUUGCGAUUGUAUCUAUAUCGAUUAGAUAAAACAGAAAGAAGACUCAAGCAUGUAAUGAUCAUGUACAAAAAUGAAUUCAAUAUUGUACAUUAGAAAAGAUUGAUAAUGCAUCAGAGAUGAGAGAUCAGUGAUUCCUUCUUUUUGCCUCCUAGUAAUAUAGAAAA